AUGGAACAUUGUAAUGCUGUCAAUACACCAACUGAAGCAAGGUUGCAGUUGUCCAAAAGUGAUGAUGAGCAAAAUGUGGAUCCAACGCAAUAUAGAAGAUUGAUUGGAUCAUUACGUUACUUGUGCAAUACACGGCCAUAUUUGACCUUUAGUGUCGGUAUUACGAGUAGAUUCUUGGAGAGACCAAAGGUGUCUCACUUGGUAGUAGUUAAGAGGAUCCUAAGAUACGUCAAAGGAACUCUUGGCAACAGAAUUCUCUUUCCUGAAGAAGAUACAGGCAGAAAAUACGAUUUGCUCGGUUAUACUGAUUUCAAUUGGUGCAGAGAUAAAGAUGAUCGAAAGUCUACAGCUGGUUAUGUCUUUAUGUUCGGAGAAGCACCAAUCUCUUGGUGUUCUAAAAAGGAACCGUUGGUUGCACUCUCUUCUUGUGAGACCGAGUAUAUCAUUGCGUCGUUAUGUGCGUGCCAAGUUGUGUGGAUUACGAAUCUGUUAGGAGAGUUGGGCAGUAAUGUUGGAGAAGCUGUCACACUCUUGGUUGAUAACGUUCCAGCCAUUAACCUUGCUAAGAAUCCCAUUGCACAUGGGAGGAGCAAGCAUAUUGAGAUGAAGUUUCAUUACUUGAGGGAUCUGGUGUGUGAAGGCAAGCUCAGGUUGGGAUAUUGUCAAAGCGAAGAACAAAAAGGGUCAUAA